CGGAGUUGGGUGAAGGAGCUGAAGCAGGGCCAUGCCCCAGCCACCCCCCAUGGCCCCCUGAGCCUGCACCCCAGCCAGGACCUACUUGGUUGUCCCCCAGGGGUCCAGACGCCAGCCUCGCCAUGGGCAGCAAGGAGCGAUUCCAUUGGCAGAGCCACAACGUGAAGCAGAGUGGCGUGGACGACAUGGUGCUGCUGCCCCAGAUCACCGAGGACGCCAUCGUGGGCAACCUGCGCAAGCGCUUCAUGGACGACUACAUCUUUACCUACAUCGGCUCCGUGCUCAUCUCCGUGAAUCCCUUCAAGCAGAUGCCCUACUUCACUGACAGGGAGAUCGACCUCUACCAGGGAGCGGCCCAGUACGAGAAUCCACCGCACAUCUAUGCGCUCACGGACAACAUGUAUCGGAACAUGCUGAUCGACUGCGAGAACCAGUGUGUCAUCAUCAGCGGAGAGAGUGGAGCUGGGAAGACGGUGGCAGCCAAAUACAUCAUGGGCUACAUCUCCAAGGUGUCCGGCGGGGGCGAGAAAGUCCAGCACGUCAAGGAUAUCAUCCUGCAGUCCAACCCACUGCUUGAGGCUUUCGGCAACGCCAAGACCGUGCGCAACAACAACUCCAGUCGCUUUGGCAAGUACUUUGAGAUUCAGUUCAGCCGUGGCGGAGAGCCUGAUGGGGGCAAGAUCUCCAACUUCUUGCUGGAGAAGUCCCGCGUGGUCUCACAGAAUGAAAAUGAGAGGAACUUCCACAUCUACUACCAGCUGCUGGAAGGGGCCUCCCAGGAGCAGCGGCAGAACCUGGGGCUCAUGACUCCCGACUACUAUUACUACCUCAACCAGUCAGACACUUACAAGGUGGACGGCACUGAUGACAGGAGUGACUUCAAUGAGACGCUGAGCGCCAUGCAGGUCAUUGGGAUCCUGCCCAGCAUCCAGCAGAUGGUCCUGCAGCUCGUGGCCGGGAUCCUGCACCUGGGGAACAUCAGCUUUUGCGAAGAUGGGAACUAUGCCCGCGUGGAGAGUGUGGACCUUCUCGCCUUUCCCGCCUACUUGCUGGGCAUCGACAGCGGGCGGCUGCAGGAGAAGCUGACCAGCCGCAAAAUGGACAGCCGCUGGGGAGGGCGCAGCGAGUCCAUCGACGUGACGCUCAACGUGGAGCAGGCCGCCUACACCCGGGACGCCCUGGCCAAGGGGCUGUACGCGCGCCUCUUCGACUUUCUGGUGGAGGCCAUCAACCGCGCCAUGCAGAAGCCACAGGAGGAGUACAGCAUCGGCGUGCUUGACAUCUACGGCUUCGAGAUCUUCCAGAAAAACGGCUUCGAGCAGUUCUGCAUCAACUUCGUCAACGAGAAGCUGCAGCAGAUUUUCAUCGAGCUCACCCUGAAGGCUGAGCAGGAGGAGUAUGUACAGGAGGGCAUCCGCUGGACCCCCAUCCAGUACUUCAACAACAAGGUCGUCUGCGACCUCAUCGAAAACAAGAGCCCGCCGGGCAUCAUGAGCGUGCUGGACGACGUGUGCGCCACAAUGCACGCCACGGGCGGCGGCGCCGACCAGACGCUGCUGCAGAAGCUGCAGGCGGCCGUGGGCACCCACGAGCACUUCAACAGCUGGAGCGCCGGCUUCGUCAUCCACCACUACGCUGGCAAGGUCUCCUACGACGUCAGCGGCUUCUGCGAGAGGAACCGGGACGUUCUCUUUUCCGACCUUAUAGAGCUGAUGCAGACCAGUGAGCAGGCCUUCCUUCGGAUGCUCUUUCCCGAAAAGCUGGAUGGAGACAAGAAGGGCCGCCCCAGCACGGCCGGCUCCAAGAUCAAGAAACAAGCCAACGACCUAGUGGCCACGCUGAAGAGGUGCACGCCCCACUACAUUAGAUGCAUCAAACCCAACGAGACCAAGAAACCUCGCGACUGGGAGGAGGGCAGGGUCAAGCACCAGGUGGAGUACCUGGGCCUGAAGGAGAACAUCCGGGUACGCAGGGCGGGCUUUGCCUACCGCCGCCAGUUCCCCAAGUUCCUGCAGAGGUACGCCAUUCUGACCCCCGAGACGUGGCCGCGGUGGCGUGGGGAUGAGCGCCAGGGGGUCCAGCACCUGCUCCAGGCCGUCAACAUGGACCCCGACCAGUACCAGAUGGGCGGCACCAAGGUCUUCAUCAAGAACCCCGAGUCGCUUUUCCUCCUGGAGGAGAUGCGUGAACGCAAGUUUGAUGGCUUUGCCCGUACCAUCCAGAAGGCCUGGCGGCGCCACGUCGCGGUCCGGAAGUAUGAGGAGAUGAGGGAGGAAGCCUCCAACAUCCUGCUCAACAAGAAGGAGCGGAGGCGGAACAGCAUCAACCGGAACUUCGUUGGGGACUACCUGGGGCUGGAGGAGCGGCCAGAGCUGCGUCAGUUCCUGGGCAAGAGGGAGCGUGUGGACUUUGCUGACUCCAUCACCAAGUACGACCGUCGCUUCAAGCCCAUCAAGCGGGACUUGAUCCUGACCUCCAAGUAUGUGUAUGUGAUCGGGCGGGAGAAGGUGAAGAAAGGGCCGGAGAAGGGUCAGGUGCGGGAGGUCCUGAAGAAGAAGCUGGAGCUCCAGGCCCUGCGGGGCGUCUCCCUCAGCACGAGGCAGGAUGACUUCUUCAUCCUCCAAGAGGACGCAGCCGACAGCUUCCUGGAGAGCAUCUUUAAGACCGAGUUCGUCAGCCUCCUUUGCAAGCGCUUCGAGGAGGCGGCACGGCGGCCCCUGCCCCUCACCUUCAACGACACACUACAGUUCCGAGUGAAGAAGGAGGGUUGGGGCGGGGGCGGUACCCGCAGUGUCACUUUCUCCCGUGGCUUGGGCGACGUAGCCCUACUCAAGGCUGGCGGCCGGGCCCUCACGGUCAGCGUGGGCGAUGGGCUGCCCAAGAGUUCCAAGCCUACGCGGAAGGGAAUGGCCCAGGGAAAACCCCGAAGGCCUGCCCAGGCGCCUGUCAGGGCAGCCCCCAGACCCCCCAUAGGCCUGGACCGCAACGGGGUGCCCCCUACUGCCAGAGGGGGCCCCCUUCCCCUGGAGCUCACAUCUGGAAGGGGCUCCCAGCGGCCUCCCCAGGGCCCUCCAGCAUCUGCACCGGGAGCCAGCAGACGGCACCGGGCACGGCCUCCCUCAGAGCACAACACAGAAUUCCUCAACGUGCCUGACCAGGGUGCGGCCGGCAUGCAAAGGAAGCGCAGCAUAGGGCAGCGACCGGUGCCUGGCGUGGGCCGGCCCAAGCCCCAACCUCGGAUACAUGGCCCACGAUGCCGGACACUGUACGAGUACAUAGGCCAAGACGUGGAUGAGCUGAGCUUCAAUGUGAAUGAGGUCAUCGAGAUCCUCAUGGAAGAUCCCUCAGGCUGGUGGAAGGGCCGGCUGCACGGCCAGGAGGGCCUCUUCCCGGGAAACUACGUUGAGAAGAUCUGAGCUGGGGCCCACGAUUCCACCCCCACACCCCUCCUGCCUGCUGGGAGCCUGACUCUGUGGUGGGAGCGCCAUUUACCGUGGCUGCGUUGGCCAAAGGGCUGGUCCUGCAGCCCCCAGCCCAGCCGAGGCCCUGGGUCUGGGGGCAGCUCUGCAGUCACCCACCCCACCCUGGGGCCUGGCCUCCCCUAUGUCACACCCGCUGCCCAAGCCUCUGCUUCCUUAUGUGUCCAACGGGGCUAACAGCAGAACCUACCUCCCAGAUAUCUAGUAAGCUCAAAAUGAGUCGUAUCCUGUCUGCAAAGUGCCAGGCCGAGUCGGGGAUCUUGACAAGUUGACUUCCUUCCUCCUCCCCUCACAGAAGGCAAUAAAUAUUUGUGGGAUGAAAGCAAGAAUUAACUUACUGAGCACCGUCUACAAGGACAGUGUUCUCACAACGCUCAAAAUAGGGUAGUGAUGCCCCAUUUUACAGGUGGGAAGACAGAGGCUCAGAAAGGUUCAGUCGCUUGCCCAAGGCUCCAACUUGUAUCUGAGGCCCCUCCCGCCGAAAAACUUGAGUUUGUCCCACUUUCCUUUCCAGAAAUUGUGUCCUAGCCUUCUUGCAGAAGAUGAUCUGGCGGGUCCCACCUGGGACCUGGCUGCAACCACAUGUUGGUGUUGUUAGGUGCCGUCGAGUCAGUUCCAACACGUAGCGGCCCUGUUUACAACAGAACAAAACACUGCCUGGUCCUGCACCAUCCUCACAAUUGUUAUGCUUG